GGGACCCUGGCGGUGCCCAUCUCGGUGCCGACUCUUUUUGGCCAGCCGUUCCCCAACGGGCCGCAGUGGAACCCAGGGAGCCUGCAACCUCAACACACCGUGCGGAGCCUGGACCGGGCCCUGGAGGAGGCGGGCAACUCGGGCAUUCUGAGUCUUAGUGGCAGGAAACUCCGAGACUUCCCGGGCAGUGGCUACGACCUGACGGACACCACCCAAGCAGAUCUUUCACGAAAUCGCUUUACAGAGAUUCCUUCUGAUGUCUGGUUAUUUGCACCACUUGAAAUAUUAAACUUGUACCAUAAUUGCAUCAAAACUAUUCCUGAAGCCAUUAAAAACCUGCAGAUGUUAACAUAUCUUAACAUUAGUCGAAAUCUUUUGUCAACACUGCCAAAAUACCUGUUUGAUCUCCCCCUUAAAGUUUUGGUUGUCAGCAAUAAUAAACUGGUAUCCAUUCCAGAAGAAAUUGGGAAGUUAAAAGAUUUGAUGGAAUUGGAUAUUAGCUGCAAUGAGAUUCAGGUCCUUCCCCAACAAAUGGGAAAAUUGCAUUCACUACGAGAGCUAAAUAUAAGAAGAAAUAAUCUUCGCGUGUUGCCAGAUGAAUUAGGAGCUCUUCCCUUAGUAAAGCUGGAUUUCUCGUGUAACAAAGUGACUGAGAUUCCAGUUUGUUACAGGAAGUUGCAUCAUUUACAAGUCUUACUUUUGGAUAACAAUCCGUUGCAGGUACCACCAGCACAGAUAUGUUUAAAGGGUAAAGUGCACAUAUUUAAGUACUUAAAUAUCCAGGCAUGUUGCAGAAUGGAUAAGAAGCCAGAUUCCCUGGAUCUUCCAUCUUUGAGUAAAAGAAUGCCCUCACAGCCACUCACAGACAGUAUGGAAGAUUUUUAUCCAAAUAAAAAUCAUGGCCCAGACUCUGGAAUUGGAAGUGAUAAUGGAGAGAAACGAUUGUCUACAACAGAACCUUCCGAUGAUGACACAAUCAGCCUUCACUCUCAAGUCUCAGAAUCAAAUAGAGAGCAGACAUCAAGAAAUGACAGUCAUUCCGUAGGAAAUAAACCUGAGACUCAGAAAGACCAAGAAGUGUAUGAUUUUAUUGACCCCAACACAGAAGAUGUAGCAGUCUCAGAACAAGGAGAUGCACCUCUUGGAUCAUUCGUGUCUUUUCUUAAGGGAAGCGAAAAAUGUCCUGAAAAAUCUCAGAAAAGUGAAGAACUAGGAGAUCAAAAAAGACUUGAGAAAGAGCAGUUACUUGCAGAGGAAGAGGAUGAAGAUUUGAAGGAAGUAACCGAUUUGAGGAAAAUAGCUGCUCAGUUAUUGCAUCAAGAGCAGAAGAACAGGAUUCUUAGUCAUUCAACUUCUGUCACAAGAAACAAGCCAAAACAAACUGUGGAUGGCGACAAAAGUGUUUCAGCAGAUGAAGUAAACUCCCCGUUAUCACCCCUCACAUGGCAGCCCUUAGAAAAUCAGAAAGAUCAAACAGAGGAACAAUGGCCAGAAUCUCAACCUAUAAUCUGGCAGAGUGAAGAAAGGAGGCGGUGCAAACAGAUUAGAAAAGAAUAUUUCAAGUAUAAAUCAUCAAGGAAGAGUUCAAGUGGCCAUGAAAACGACGAGCAAGACAGUGAUAAUGCUAAUAUGUCACCACAGUCUCCAGUGUCAUCUGAGGAAUAUGACAGAACUGAUGGCUUUUCCCAUGGUCCUUUCGGCCUGAAGCCUAGAUCAGCUUUUAGCCGCUCGUCUCGCCAGGAAUAUGGAGCAGCAGAUCCUGGAUUCACAAUGAGAAGAAAGAUGGAACAUUUACGAGAAGAACGCGAGCAAAUACGACAACUUCGAAAUAACCUUGAGUCCAGGUUAAAAGUAAUUUUACCUGAUGACAUCGGAGCUGCACUGAUGGAUGGGGUUGUUCUGUGCCAUUUAGCCAAUCACAUAAGGCCACGAUCUGUCGCUAGCAUUCAUGUGCCAUCAGCAGCAGUGCCUAAACUAAGCAUGGCAAAAUGCCGAAGAAAUGUAGAGAAUUUUCUUGAUGCUUGUAAAAAAUUGGGCGUCUCACAGGAAAGACUCUGUUUACCUCAUCAUAUUUUGGAAGAACGAGGUCUUGUGAAAGUUGGUGUUACGGUUCAGGCUCUUCUUGAAUUACCUACAACCAAGGCAUCUCAGCUAUCUGUGGCUUAAUAACAACCUUUUAAAAUCAUAAGUGUAUAGUUUCAUUUAUUUGAAAUGAUUUAAACUAUCUCAAGUUAAUGAAUAAAAAUAUCGAAUCAAAAGAGUUUAAUUAGAUCAAGCUUUAGAAUUUAAAAAAAUCAUAUGAUAAAUAUCCAAAUUAGACUUUGAAUUGCCCAAACUCUUUUUGAGAAGACUUUUAAUUUGAUAAGAAUUUUUGAUACAUUCAAAUUCUCUUUUUUUCUGAGUCAUCUGACAACUUUGGUUCUUUUUAAAAUAAAGUAGAAUGAUACUAAAUUCUGAAAAUAAUUUCAAUUUACUAUUAAUCUUAAGUUUAAUUUUUUACACACCAUACCAUACUAGUAAAUAUCUGGAAAAGGUAAUACUUUUUUUUUACUGAUUUAAAACCAGUCUGCAUUUGAAUCCUUUAAUACACUCCUAGUUUAGACAUAAUUUCUUCAAUUUUUGGUUUUAGUUUUCUAGCAAAAAAAAGCAACUCUGGCUUUACAUUAAAUUCUUUUAGUAUUAUAGGUUGGUGCCAAAAUCUUUUUAAGUUGGACUGUAGAUUGUUUACAUGUGAAGUGCCUGUGUAAUUGAUGACUUUUAUAUAGUCUUAAGCAUUUUUGCAGUUUCUUUUUAUGUAUUAAUAGAGUCAAUGGAACUUUAAAAUAUUUUAGUAGAUUUUAUAAGGUCAGUAAUAUGUGAGGAUUUAAGUAUAUCUCACAUUGUAACAUUUAUCUUUUUUUAAAUUUAGUCCAUUGCAUUUUUUCUUAAAUUGGUUAUUUCAUACUGUCAGCAAAAAUGUUAAUAUGCUUUAUUUAUGC